AUGAAUAUCAAGUAUCACCUGAAAAUAACGUUAAUUGAGGGACACAAGGGCCAUCCCCUCCCUUCAAGAUCCAGGUACUCACGGUGUUGCGGUAACUACCGUUCCAACCUUCACAUCAGGCGGUUCAUACGUGUUCUGGUAUCAGGUAGAGGCCCAGCGGUGAAGGGAGGCGGCGUGGUAUUCAGAAUCGUGCAGUUGGGGAUCCGGCAGGGUUGGGGUGAUGAAGAGAAGGGCUAUUUUGGAAAUGUAAACAACCAGGUGGAUGAAGUCUGUGAAAAGAUAGCUCCGGACCCUGAGCUCCAAAAGGGAGGGAGAUACCAUGCUAUGGGGUUCUCACAAGGAGGCCAGUGUUCUGUGAGUGUAUUCCGAGCCAUUGCCGAGCGCUGUCCUCAACCAGCCAUGCGCAACCUGAUCACAUUUGGGGGACAACACCAGGGUAUUUUUGGCCUCCCAAACUGCCCUCCCGACAACUUACUCUGCGAAGAGAUGCGGCGUCUACUUAAUCUAGGAGCUUACAUUGAUUGGAUCCAGAACUCUUUGGUACAGGCCCAGUAUUGGCAUGAUCCCCUCCAUGAAAAUGAAUACCGCAAUGCAUCCAUUUUCCUGGCGGACAUCAAUAAUGCAGAGGUUAUCAACGAGUCAUACCGUGAAAACCUCAAAAAGCUGGAGAACUUUGUCAUGGUCAAGUUUGAGGAGGAUUCCAUGGUUGUCCCUCCUGAGAGCGAGUGGUUUGGAUUCUACAGUCCAGGCCAGGAUUCCCAGGUCUUGCCCUUGCAGCAGACACAGCUCUACAUUGAGGACCGUUUGGGAUUGAAGGAAAUGGACGAAGCAGGAAAGCUCCACUUCCUUAGUCUUGCAGCUGAUCAUCUCAAUUUUGAUGACCAGUGGUUCCUGGAAGAGAUUGUUGAUAAGUUUGUGGCAUAAGGUCACCUUGAUUUUAGUGCCUUUAAUUGGAUGUUUCUAUAAUAGAUAACCCUGGUUACAUUGUAAAUAUUCAAAUGUUUUUACAGAUAAUUAUGAUUACAGUAUCUUUCCUCUGAAUACUCCUUUUUUUUUCCAACAUUUCCUCAAAAAAAUUUACACUUACAUACCAAGUGUGUUGUUAUAUAGCAACUUGGCUUUGCAGUGCACUAUUUUAUUAAUAUAAAGGUCCAUUUAUAUUA